AUGUCUCUUGAUCAAUCCUUCCAACUGCUCCGCCACUGGGGCCAGACGGCCCUUGAGCACCUUCCCCCUCAGACACAAGAUGUGCUACUUCAUCCAUUAGUACCCAAGGCGUUAGCAGCACUCCUGGCUUUGGGCGUGAUACGCAAGGCCAACCGCUCGCUGGGUUACUGGACAGCGAAUAACUGGCAACGCGCCAAACCUUGGCAAAAUGAGCGCGAGCUGGUUUUGGUCACUGGCGGAUGCAGUGGCAUUGGCAGGCAAAUUAUGGAAGAUCUCGCAAAGGCUGGGGUUCGAGUAGUGAUACUAGAUAUCCAAGAGCCAUCCUUCCAACUGCCAUCCAACGUCACCUUCUACAAAGCGGAUAUCACCUCGUCAGAGAACAUUCGCAAUGUAGCGGAGAAGAUCCGUGCAGCGCACGGUGAUCCCACAGUGCUGGUCAAUAAUGCGGGCGUCGGACACGACGGAUCCAUCCUUGACGAGCCAGAGGCCAAGAUUAGACAAACCUUCGAGGUCAACACAGUGUCGCAUUUCCUGAUGGUGCGCGAGUUCCUGCCCAGCAUGAUCAAGCAAAAUCAUGGUCAUGUCAUUACAAUCGCUAGCAUGGCCAGUUUUGUGGCGUUAGGUGAGAUGGUCGAUUACUGUUGUUCAAAGGCGAGUGCGUUGGCAUUCCACGAGGGAUUGGGUCAGGAAUUGCGACUCUGGUAUAAGGCUCCUAAAGUUCGGACUAGUGUCAUUCACCCUCACUGGGUUAAAACCCCAAUGAUUCAGAUAUUGACCGACGUGGGUCACCAGUUCAAAGGGCCCAUCCUCACGCCGGAAAUGAUAUCUGCUGCUGUUGUGAAACAGAUUCUCACCCAGAGCAGCGGGCAAGUUAUCAUACCGAAUCACUUUAGCGCGAUUAGCCUGAUCAGGGCAUUCCCUUCCUGGUUGCAGGAGGUUGCUCGCGGAAAAGGGUCAAAGGAUUUGAGGGUUUUGCGGGACGUACAGGAGGCUAAGGGCAUGUAA